UCUCCACAAACCGCCCUACACACGCUUCAAAUAUGUCGCCGGAGAAAGUCGCCGCCGCACCGCCGCCUGCCAACUACUGGGGAGACCAGCCGGAGGAGGAGUUCUACGCCUCUCAAGGCGUUCGGAACACCAAAUCCUACUUCGAUACUCCUCACGGAAAGCUAUUCACCCAAUCCUUCCUUCCUGUUGAUCCUAACCUACGCAUCAAAGGCUCUGUCUACAUGAGCCAUGGCUACGGAUCCGAUACCGGUUGGUCCUUCCAGAAAAUCUGCAUCAGAUACGCCAAUUGGGGAUACGCUGUGUUCGCCGCCGAUCUGCUCGGCCACGGCCGAUCCGAGGGGAUUCGAGCCUACCUCGGCGAUAUGAACAAGGUCGCCGCCGCUUCUCUCUGCUUCUUCAGGAGCGUGAGGCUUAGCGAUGAGUAUAAGGAUUUACCGGCGUUCAUGUUCGGCGAAUCGUUGGGCGGAUUGGCAACGAUAAUGAUGUAUUUUCAGUCGGAGAAGGAUCUGUGGACUGGAUUGAUUUUCUCGGCGCCACUGUUCGUCAUUCCCGACGCAAUGAUGCCUCCGAAGCUACACCUAUUUGCGUACGGACUGCUAUUCGGGCUCGCCGACACAUGGGCGACAUUGCCGGACAACAAAAUGGUGGGAAAGGCGAUAAGGGACCCGGAGAAGCUGAAGCUGAUCGCGAGCAAUCCCCGGCGCUACACGGGGAAGCCACGUGUGGGGACAAUGCGCGAGCUCAUAAGGCAAACCGAGAUCAUUCAGAGCAACAUGGAGAAGGUGACGGUGCCGUUCUUGACGGUCCACGGAACGGCCGACGGGGUGACAUCCCCGACGGGAUCCCAAAUGCUCUACGAGAAGGCCAAGAGCGACGACAAGUCGCUCAAGCUCUACGAAGGCUAUGCCCACUCCCUCAUACAGGGCGAACCCGACGAUUGUUCCGAUCGGGUUUUGUCGGAUAUGAGGGAGUGGGUCGAUAAGAGGGCUGAAAAGUAUGGGCCAAAGAACACCACACAAAUUUAAAGUGAUGUUUGGAUAUGAUCCACCAAUUUGUGAUGUGAAUUGAUCGGACAUAUAUAUUUAUAUAUAUAUAUAUAUAUAUGAAUUGGACUUAUGUAUUGUCAA